AUGUAUAAGGAUUCACGAUUUAAUAAUGAAUCAAUAGCUUAUACACAAUUUUUACGUACUGGUUUUCCUCCUCCAUUUGAUAUUACAAUAAAAGGUAUGCGUGAUAGAACUGAAGCUUUACAUAAAAAAAUUAAUGAAAAAUUGAUUGGAACAUUCAAGGGAAUAGAAGAAGAAAAAAAUAUUAAAAUUAAUAAUAAUACAGGUAGAUUGUCAAAUAA